AUGGAUCACUCGAUGCAUGCUAUGCACGAUAUGGACCACGGGCACAGCGGCCAUGGCGAUAUGGACAUGGGAGAUCAGUGCAGCAUGAACAUGAUUUUCACCUGGUCGUCGAAAAACCUCUGCAUCAUCUUCCGCCAGUGGCGCAUCACCGGCCCCCUCUCCCUCCUCUUCUCGCUCAUCCUUAUCGUCCUCCUCACGGCUGGCUACGAGGGUGUACGACAUGUUACCCGCAAAUACGAAGCUGCCCAUAAUCAGCGCUUGAAUGCCUUUGUCGCAACGACCAGUUCAUCAGACAAUGGCAUCCCCCGGCCCGUCACCGCUGACCUCCCGACCGAUGCGUUUCAACCCGUUACUGGCGAAGGCUCACCACUGCUUGUAGGACGGGAUAAUAGAGCUGCUGUUGCUCGGCGGGGAAAGUUUACUCUGGCUGCGUUGUAUGCCAUUCAGGUGUUCUACAGUUUCUUCAUUAUGCUUCUGUUCAUGACCUAUAACGGUUCCGUCAUGCUGGCUGUCGCUGUGGGUGCAUUCGUUGGUUAUUUGGCUUUCGCCGAUGGGACCUCUGCACAGAAGACUGUGGCUUGCCAUUAA